UCUCAAAAAUUUUCCACACAAAAAAAGUCAACAAACUUCUUUUUUUUUAAACCAAUAAAACCGAAAUGAACUCUUCUCGUCUUCAACCCACCUUUAUCGAAGAAGAAUUUGCCUCUCUUCUAGAUCGCUGCUGUAUCGAUGCAUUUCUGAAAUCCUCAAGUGGUUUAGUUAUAGGCUUUUUGUCUUCCUCACUAUUUCUAAAACAACGAAAAUGGCCCAUGUUAUUGGGCAUGGGUUUUGGUUUGGGUUAUGCCUACGCCUCGUGUGAGUACAAUUUGCAAAUGUUGUGUGCUGCUGAUGUCACGGAGAGCAGUACUUGAUCAUCUGUAGUAAUUUUUUUUUUGUGUUGUAAGAUAAUGUCAUUAAUUUAUUGCAUGACUCUGUUUUUAUAUUAAAAUGUUAAUUAAA